AUGAUAUCAGAAUUAGUGCCCUUGCCCAAGGAAUUAAUAGGAGUAUACUUCAAUGCUCCAUACGAAGAACCACCACCUCCGCCUCCUGGAGAGGUGAGAUCUCCAGAACAAAUCGAAUUAGCUAUCAAAAUAAUGGAGAAAAAACUAGAAGCAUUACCUCUUGUAACAAUCACUCUUCCGCCUGGUGUAUUGUGGUUUGAGCCGCCUUUGGCCUGUCUAUGGGAAGACCCUAUGAAGUAUGCGACCAAAAGGGGAGCACGAUUCGAUGAGAAGCAUAAAACUCGUAGAAGUAGUGUAAUGCCUGCGGGUCGUCAGUCACUUUUAGCCGACUGGGUCCCAUCAGAUAGGGGUCAAAAAAGACGUCCCAGUACUGGAACGCCAGGUGAUUUGGGCGACAGGGAAGCUCAAAGCAGUGCUGCAGCUAGAGCUUCAGUGUUACUUGCACAAACUCCCACAAAAGCUCCACCUCGAAUGAGUUUGCAACAACGUCUAUCGAUAGCAACUGGAGAAGCUCAAGCUCCUCAAGAUCAGACUAGAAAUCUAUUGGAAGAGCUUCUGGAAGAGCCACAAUCUGAGACUGAAUCUGAGGAGUCAGUAUUUGGAGACCUGAUUCCUCGUGAGAUAGUUGUCAAUAGUGAGCCUCGAGAAAAAUUUACAAGAACUGGAUAUUGGACCACCAAGUACAUACACGAUUCUAAGUUUAAUGAAGAAAAACAAACCAUAACAUUUCGCACAAGUAAACUAGGUAUUUUGAAUUCAAAUGUAUUUUUGGCUUAG